AUGGCUGCCUGCAAUGUGGACUUUGAUAACGCAGUUAAUUACGCUUUAAAUUUGCUCAAGUCUAGUGAUUUAGUUUUAAAAAGAGAGCAGAAAGAAGCGUUACAUGCAGUUUGUGUGGAAAAGCGAGAUUGUUUGUGCGUUCUUCCAACGGGAUUUGGAAAAUCUCUAAUUUUUCAGCUCGAUCCCUCUACUCUCGACUACCUCACCAAAGUCAACAACAGCUGUGUUUUGGUUGUCUCCCCUUUAAACGCAAUAAUAUCGGAUCAAAUUGAAAAGCUGCAGUCGCGGGGAAUCGGUGUAAAAGUUUUUAAACAGGGAUAUCAGGGCGUUGUUACCACAAUUGAUGAUGACGUUAAAUUCAUUUAUGGACACGCCAAAGUAUUUGCAGAGAACGACUCUGUGAAGGGACUGCUGAGGUCGCCGUUUAAAGACCGAAUUAAGACUAUCGUGAUCGAUGAGGCACAUUUUAUAAUACAGUGGUAA